GAACGCAGCAGCAGGCUGACUGGCUCUGUGAAGAUGGCGGACUGCAUACGUGUUCCUCUGCUCCUGCUUUUGAUGUGCAUGUUGUCGUCUGUGCAUCCAAGUCGAGGACAAAACAACAUCGUCGCCAAACUUGUUGCUAAAGCUGAUAGCCCACAGAAUCCAGCCGGAGGUCCGGGACCGGCUGGGGUGAACCCAGCAGCGGCUGAGAGGAACCCGGGCGCUGGGGCCUCGCUGUCUCGGCGGCGCUCUACCGGUUGGAAGUUGGCUGAGGAGGCGGUGUGCAGGGAAGACCUGACCCGGCUUUGUCCCAAACAUUCCUGGAACAACAACCUGGCAGUGCUGGAGUGUCUCCAGGACAAGAAAGAGGAAACUGAGAUUGCUGCUGAAUGCAACCACCUGCUGUGGAACUACAAGCUGAACCUGACCACCGACCCAAAGUUUGAGUCUGUGGCUGUGGAGGUCUGCAAGACCACUAUCUCAGAGAUUAAAGAGUGUGCGGCGGAGGAGCUGGGGAAAGGCUACCUGGUGUCCUGCCUGGUAGAUCACCGUGGCAACAUCAGCGACUACCAGUGCAACCAGUACAUCACCAAGAUGACUAGCAUCGUCUUCAGUGACUACCGGCUGAUCUGUGGCUUCAUGGACAAGUGCCACGAUGACAUCAACACUCUGCGCUGCGGCAGCAUCAGCACUGGAGAAAAGGACAUCCACUCUCAGGGCGAGGUGAUCGCAUGUCUCGAGAGAGGUUUGGUGCGGGAGGCCGAGGAUCAGCUGGGGGCGCACGCCAUCAAGGAGGACUGCAAGAAGGCCAUCAUGAGAGUGGCCGAGCUGUCGUCGGACGACUUCCACCUGGAUCGCUACCUGUACUUCGCCUGCCGCGACGACCGGGAACGUUUCUGUGAAAAUACGCUGGCCGGAGAGGGACGAGUUUACAAAUGUCUCUUCAAUCACAAGUUUGAGGAAGCCAUGUCUGAGAGGUGCCGUGAGGCGUUGACCACCAGGCAGAAGCUCAUCAGUCAGGACUACAAGGUGAGCUACUCACUGGCCAAAGCCUGCAAGUCAGACCUGAGGAAAUACCGCUGCAGUGCCGACUCCAACAUGCCCCGGGCUCGAGAAGCUCGCUUGUCCUACCUGCUGCUGUGCCUGGAGUCUGCCGUGCACCGAGGGCGUGUGGUCAGCGGUGAGUGUCAGGGUGAGAUGAUGGAUUACCGGCGGAUGCUGAUGGAGGAUUUCUCUCUGAGUCCGGAGAUCGUGCUGCACUGCCGCAGUGAGAUCGAGGGUCACUGCUCCGGUCUGCACCGCAAAGGACGGACACUGCACUGCCUCAUGAGGGUCGGCCGAGGAGACAUGGGAGCCGUCGACUCCAACUGUCAGAGGGCCCUCCAGACUCUGAUGCAGGAAGCCGACCCCGGAGCCGACUACCGCAUCGACCGAGCGCUCAACGAGGCCUGCGAGUCCGUCAUCCAGACUGCCUGCAAACACAUCCGCAACGGAGACCCCAUGAUCCUGUCUUGUCUCAUGGAGCAUCUGUACACUGAGAAGAUGGUGGAGGACUGUGAGCACAGACUGCUGGAGCUGCAGUACUUCAUCGCCAGAGAUUGGAAGCUGGACCCCAUCCUGUAUAAGAAAUGCCAGGGCGAUGCUGCCCGCCUCUGCCACACUCACGGCUGGAACGAGACCAGUGAAAUGAUGCCGCCCGGCGCCGUAUUCUCCUGCCUGUACCGCCACGCUUACCGCUCGGUGGAGCAGGGACGGAGGCUCCCCGGUGGGGCGUCUGAAGCCGAAGACCACGAUGUGACUCUGUCCAGGGACUGUAAGGUCGAGGUGCAGAGAAUUCUCCACCAGAGAGCGCUGGACGUGAAGCUGGACCCGGAGCUCCAGAGGCGAUGUAUGACCGACCUGGGAAAGUGGUGCAGCGAGAAGACGGAGGCCGGACAGGAGCUGGAGUGUCUGCAGGACCACCUGGAGGAUCUCGUGUCUGAAUGCAGAGAAGUGGUGGGGAACCUGACGGAGCUGGAAUCAGAGGAUAUUCAGAUCGAGGCCCUGCUGAUGAGAGCCUGUGAACCCGUCAUCCAGACCCACUGCCAUGAGGUGGCUGAUAACCAGAUAGAUACCGGAGACCUGAUGGACUGUCUGGUUCAGAACAAACACCAGAAGGAGAUGAAUGAGAAGUGUGCUGUGGGAGUGACUCACUUCCAGCUGAUUCAGAUCAAAGAUUUCCGUUUCUCAUACAAGUUCAAGACAGCCUGCAAGGAGGACGUCCUCAAACUGUGUCCCAACAUCAAGAAAAAGGUGGAUGUCGUGAUCUGCCUCAGCACCACGGUGAGGAACGACACCCUGCAGGACGUCAAAGAGCAGCGCGUGUCCGUCAAGUGUCGCAAACAGCUGCGGGUGGAGGAGGUGGAGAUGUCCGAGGACAUCCGGCUGGACCCCGAACUCUACGACUCCUGUAAGCAGGACAUCAACAGACUGUGUCAGGCCGUGGCCUUCGGCAACGCUCAGGUCAUCGAGUGUCUGAAGGAGAACAAACGUCAGCUGACUCAGCGCUGUCACCAGAGGAUCUUCAAGCUGCAGGAGGUGGAGAUGGUGGAUCCUGAACUGGACUACCAGCUGAUGAGAGUCUGCAAGCACAUGAUCAGGAGGUUCUGCACCGAGUCGGAGGGAAAGAACGUCCUCCAGUGCCUGAAACAGAACAAGAACAGCGAGCUGAUGGAUCCUAAGUGCAAGCAGAUGAUCACCAAGAGGCAGAUCACCCAGAACACAGACUACAGGCUGAACCCGGUGCUGAGGAAGGCCUGUAAAGCCGACAUCCCAAAGUUCUGUCAGCCCAUCCUGACGAAGGCGUCGGCUGACAGCGAGCUGGAGGGUCAGGUCAUCUCCUGCCUCAAACUGAAGUACGCCGACCAGCGUUUGUCUCCAGACUGCGAGGACCAGAUUCGGGUCAUCCUGCAGGAGUCGGCUCUGGACUACAGGCUGGACCCUCAGCUGCAGAUCCACUGCACCCAAGAGAUCUCCAGGCUGUGUGCAGAGGAAGCAGCAGCUCAGGAGCAGACGGGGCAGGUGGAGGAAUGUCUGAAGGUGAACCUGCUGAAAAUCAAACAGGAAGGAUGCAAGAAGGAAGUGUUGAACGUGCUGAAGGAGAGUAAGGCAGACAUCUUUGUCGACCCUGUCCUGCACACAGCCUGCGCCCUGGACAUCAAACACCAGUGUGCCGCCAUCCCACCUGGCAAAGGGCGGCAGAUGUCGUGCCUGAUGGAGGCGCUGCAGGACAAGCGUGUUCGUCUGCAGCCAGAGUGCAAGAAGAGGCUGCAGGACCGCAUCGACAUGUGGAGCUACGCCGCCAAAGUGGCUCCCGCUGACGGUUUCUCAGACCUGGCCAUGCAGGUGAUGGCGUCACCAUCCAAGAACUACAUCCUGACUGUGAUUGGUGCAGGUGUGGCGCUGCUCUUUCUGAUCGGGCUGCUCUGCGGCAGGUUUACCAAACGCGUCACGCAGGAGCUGAAGGACAGGUAGACCCCGCCCACUCCGGGGUCAGGACGCACCCACAGGAGAAACGACCACGGCCCAAAAGAACCUCUAUCGCUCCUCACACACCUGAAGACUCCACCUGUCCACUUCCUCCCCGACUGAGCUCUCCUCACCUCACCUUAAUCAGUGACACACCUGCUGCUCGUCUACAUGAGCCCCGCCCACUCCCCAGGGGGCCACGCCCACCAUCGCCUCCUCCUCCUCCUCUUCCUCCUCUUCUUGGUCUUUUUUUCCUUCUCUUCCUGAGCUUUGAUGCAGAGCACCGAGUUUUCCUGCAGCUUCAUCUGCACUCUCCUGAUGUAGAUGCAGUAUUACUCCCCCUGUGCUGUGGGGUGGCGGGGGGAGGAGGGGGAGGAGGAUGGUGGGGGUGUGGAGUCAGAGGUGAAGGCGUGAGAGUGAGGGAGGAGAGUGAAAUCAUGUUUCCUGUAAAUGUGUAGAAAAAGGGAUGGGAUUUGCUCGUGUACAGAGCGGGUUGAUGACUCCAGUAUUUUAAUGACUGUAUGUGUGUGUGUGUGCGUGUGUGUGUCGAACGGUUUUUGGGGUUUGUUUGGCUCUCUCUCUCGCUCUCUCUCUCUUUGUUUUGCUGAUGUGUGUUAGUUAGGUUUUAUCGCCAUGGGACUGCCAGGCGGGCGGUGCCAAGCGGCCAGCCCUCCACCGAGCCACAGAUGAGAUACAGAGAGGGGCCAUCUUGUUCAGAGCUCUUCGUACAGCAGGAAUUAUUAGUUUUGUUUUUGAAAUGGCAGACCUGGCAGCCUCAGCUCUCCUCUAAUGCAGUCUGACUUUUUUGAUGUUUUGUCCCAGCCCUACCUGCGCCAUAAACGCACCACGUCCACCUGCUGCGCUCAGUUCAGCUGAUGUCAGCGUUCCAGCAGUGGGUUGAGACGUGUGUUUGCCAUCGCCGUCUGGAGACGCCGCGGCUGGUUUCCGCCGUGCCGCGACCCCAGUCUGGUCCUGGACUGGGGGGAGCAGACAGACUGGGAGAACUGGCUCUGUAUUUGUGCCAGUCAUGAACUCGCAGAGCGGCUGCUGGUUGGUGCGGACAAGCUGAGAAUAAUGCAGAAUGAGGAAGUGAAAAGAUUCUGGAUGAUGAUGGAGAUGUGAACAUUUGAGUAAAGAUGAUACUGGAAUCAUUGCACAUUUUUGGUUCUUUUUAUAUCUAUAAAUAUAUAUAUAUUGUUUUGUCAUAGCCUUAUUUAUUUGUUUACUAAUGGUCAAAGUCUUUCAGUUCUCUUUUUCUAUGAUUUGAAUGUUCUCUGGCUGCCUUUUCCAGCAAGUGUCCCUCCUCUGGGGACAGGGACAGAGGGAGGACGUGUGUCCUCCUUCCUGUGUGGCAGUGGACAAAGAACCGGAGCCACUCGCUCGUGAUGCUUUGUUCCAGACCAGACAGGUGAAAGAGUUCAGUGAUGAGUCGCUGCAUCCAUCAAGACCUGCGGUCCAGCAAGUCCAGGAAGCGGUUUCAGAUUGGCCUGCUGUGAAAGCUCCUGGAUUAUUUGAAUCCUCUUCCUGUUGCAUCUCAGUUUCCUAGAGCCCAACAGUCAACUUUGGUGCAGGACAGACAAAAGCAGUAGACGUUUGAUGAAGUCGAUCUGCACAUUUUAUUGGUAACUUUUGAUUGGUGUGUCGGUUAAUUGAUGACAGAACAUCUGUGGGCAGACAGUCGUUGGACAGACGGUCUGUGGUUGGUCGUGACGGCUGGUGUGAAGGCCGGGUGAACAGGACACGAGGGUGGACAGCAGCUCAAACAGAAGUGUGAGGUGCUGUGUGACCUGCUGGGCUGACGUCAGCAGAACCUGUCCUGUCCCCGAGUCGACCGUUGGCCCACGUGAGUUCAUGUUUGCAGCUCAGUCUGGAAUGGGGGCCUCAAAGGCAGUGAUGGAUGUCAGUGACCUCUGAUCUCAGCACAGGAAAUGCACAAAAAACCACGAGACAAACCAGAAACACGCCACUCAAACCAAGGAAAAGUUUGACUCAAGUCACUCAGAGGUCCCUUUGCGGGCUUUCGCGGCACCGGGGCUUCGUCUCGCAGUCUGCUGGGGACGGCGGCGGUCGAGGUGUCCGUGUAACGGCGUGUCUCGGUGUGUUGGCCUGUGGCAGCUCAGUCCCGUGUACAUGUGUAGUAUACUGCUGACGUGCCGUGCAGUUAGCCCGUACUCUUCAUGUCUAACUGUUGAAGCUUGCUGUGCUGCACUCCUGCUUGUAAAUGAGACGUCCUCAUUUGUUGAACUGCCUUCACUUGUUUUCCAUCUGCCGUCAGUUUUCUCAAAGCGUGCCUGCUCACCGUCCCGCCGAGGGACCGGCUGUACAGAACAUCCCAGGACCCCCUGCAGCACCCGACAGAGGAGUGUGUGGGCGUGUCCAGGUGUGUGUGAGAGCGUGAGUGCUGCCCACAGACUUUGUGUCCACAGGAUGCUGUGAUCUCCGGUCAUUUCCUUGCUGUUCUUGUUGUCCCGAGCUUUGAUAACUCGAACAUUUUAAGUCUGUGAUGAUAAAAAAACGAUAUUUUGUUUCUGAAUCCACGGAGCUCCUCAUCAUCUGAUUUAUUUUUCCCUGUCAACUUUUCUUUUUGGUUUUCUUUGUUGAUCUGUACAGAUGGAAAUUGGACAAUUUGUUAAUAAUAAUAAAGUCUGCAAGGUUUCUA